UCCCCCUAUUAUCUUUCUUCCUUGUUUCCUAUUAGAGCCAUGCAAGGAUUGAAAGAGCUACUUCGGAGAUCUCGGGAACAUUGCACCUUGGAAAAACAGUUGGCAUCUCAGAAGAGGAAGACAAUGUUGCAAGUGUACUUCAGAAAGUGGAAAGAUAGGCAGUGUCACAUGACCAACCUUCACAUCACAGCGGUAAAGGUCAAAGGUCAACUGGAAGGGAGGUCACUCUCUUAUGCAUUCCUCACAUGGCGCCUUCUCUGUCGUGAGAGACGGACAGAGCAUAGCUACAAUCAUAGGCUUUUAUUACAGACUUGGCAAACAUGGAGGAGAUCACUUGCCAAUCAUCAGAAAGCUGCAAUCAUGAGAAGAGAUGGAGAGAAGUCCCUUCUGAUGCAGUCCUUCCAUGCCUUACACACCUGGGCCAGAGAUCGAUCUGGGAGAAGAAUCAUUCUGCAUUGUGUUCAGACUAGGAAGAACCAUUUCACCCUCAAGAUGACCUUUGCUAUGUGGCUUGAUGAGUGCAGGUUGAGGCGGUCAGCUCGGGGUCAUCACAACAUGCAUAUCCAGAGAAAGGUUCUCAUCGCUUGGCGUGGUCUCAUUCAGAAACAAAAGGACUUAACUGCUCUCCACCAGAUGGUCACAUCUCAAGUUAAUGACAGGAGAGAGCGUGAAGCCUUCAGAGUCUGGAAAGACAGUUACUGUGCCAGCCGUCAAGCUGAAGCCAAACUGGUUGCUUUCUUCAAGAGGAAAGAAGCUUCGAUUCUUGAUAAGUGCUUUCGAGACUGGCGAGAUCAUGUACUGGAGGUCCAGGCACAGAAUCUGAGAGAGAGGAGGCUGAUGAGAUGGGCUGUGGACAGUUGGAGAAGAAGCGUGGAAGGAAAGAAGUUGAUAAGACAGUAUGAGAGUGAACUAGAAGAGCUUGCAGUGCUGCAUAGGGAUCACAGUGUGAGGCAAGGAUACUUCAACAAAUGGAGGUCGGCUUAUGAAGCAUGUAGACAACAAAGAAGAAGGUGUUUUCUAGAACAGAAAUAUGGUCUCCUGUGGAAGCAGCGUGUCACCCAGGCGCUAAUGGCCCAAGCUAUGGCAAGGUAUGGUAGACUAGAAAGAUGCUGGAAAGCUUGGAGGAAAAACUUCAUCAUAGAUCGCAUCUCAAAGGACAGCUUAGAACAGGAUCAAUGCAUACUGUUAAAAAAGGUUUUUCACCGAUGGCACCAAGUAUCCGUUCUACAAUGAACAAAACAAGCAUCUCCAGAUUGACUGGAAGUCAGAAAAAAAUGGCUUGGACUUCUGUCAUGUAAAUUUUUAUACCUCUAUGUUGAUUUCACCGAGAAUAAUAAUUCUCCUCAGCGUCUCAUCCUACUAAAUCCUUCCACAUCUGAAGAGACAAAUCAGCUAGGGAUAAAUGAAACAGAUGUGAAAUCCUGGUUCCUGGAUGUCAGAUAGAAAAUAGUUUUUUCAUUUUGCUAGUUGCAAAGAGAUGGUUCGCGAUUUCUCCUGAAAAUUACAGAUUUUGUGAGGAUUCGAAGGAAAUUUGAACAUAUAUAUAAAUAUAUAUAAAGCCAAGGUAAUAA